UAUAUCACUCUCAGCUACUGCUGGGGCCAAGUGCCUCAGCUCUACCUUACUACCGAUAAUGCCGGUCAUUUGUUCCAACGUGGUGCUCUCUUGAGUGUACGGAAGCUCAUACCACGAACCAUUAGGGAUGCCAUGGACCUUGUCACCGUAAUUGGAGAACGCUAUUUAUGGGUGGAUACCUUAUGCAUUUGGCGGGAAGAUGCUGACAUCAAGCACGAUCAAAUAUCAGAGAUGGGGCACGUCUACAGCAAUGCUCUAAUGACAGUAAUGGCGGUUGCGGGCGAUGACGCGAGCCAUGGACUUUCAGUGGCCUCUGAGGAAUCUACGCACUCGUUGGAAUUCGAAUGGCAUGAGGCGGCGAGUUCGUUGUCAGAAAAACUCCAGCAUACGAAGCAUUUCGCCAGGGGGUGGACGUAUCAAGAAACGGUCCUUUCCAAAAGAUGUUUAUACCUCACGUCGGAAUUCGUCAUGUUCCUUUGU